GAUAAACGGCGCCAGUCCACACGGCAGGAUCGGGUUCAAAUCCCAUCCGGACCGUCCCCCCGUAGCAUGGACUGACUAUCCGGCUACGUGGUAAAAAUAAGUCUAGUAAGCCAGAAAUGUCCGGCGUGACCAGUAAGGUCGUUAAAGCCAAGAAGAGAGAGAAUUCCGUCAAUUAGGAUUGGCGGUAGAAUGCCUCUUAACUACGUUCUGCGCGUGCCAUAACGCUCGAUUCUGUGUGCGUGGAUGCGCUAUUGAUAUGAGUGCGAUGAUCGAUCCUCCGAUCUAACGUGCGAAUCUACUAACACAACAACUAACACAAAUGCGUAAUGGAUCCUAGCGUCGUGGACCGCAGUAUGGAAAGAAGUGUAAAUCAGUCAGGGACAGUAGGGAAAGACGAAAUCCAGUGCUAACUAUCGAUAGCGCCGCCUGUUAUUGGCACACGUUCACGUAUUUGUAACAUAAAUAAAGGGACUUUAAUGUGCAUCAAAUUGAGAAAGUGAUUGGCCAAAAAAGGAGUAGCAUUGUUCGCUGGAGGAAAGGAACAUUGCCUGAAUCCGUUACAACAACAGUUUUUCUAUUUUUGUUUUUCCAACAGUACUGGGUAUUUUUUAUGGGAAGAAUGUUUUGGAAUCAUAACAAGAACGUGCGGUCCACGAUGCGUUUACAUACAUAUUAUUGAAUUUAAUAAACUACCUUCAGUAAAUUAAGCUUAAAGAUUGUCGUACCGAUUUAAUUAUUGCAAGGAAAAUGUAUAAAUUAGAUGAUACUGAUAAUUGUAUAAAUGGAGCGGUCCGCUGGUGUAUUUGGUAAAAGACGCCGAUUCCAAACGACAAUACCGGGUAACAAAUCAUAUUCCGACCGCCCCACGUAGUAAGGACUGACUAUCCGGUUACGCGGUAAAAUAAGUCUACUAAGAUUGAAAUGGCCGGCAUUACUUUAAAGGUCGUUAAACCAAGAAAAGAGAGAUACACCAUGCAUAGGUAAUCUUGAAAUUGAUAGGCUUGCUCCAGGUUUAUACGUACUUCUGCUGUCUGUGGAGUGUCUCUUUAAUCUUCUCCUGGAUUUGAAUAAGACUUUGAGAACGACACUUAGACUUAGACACUUAUCGCAAACACUGAGGUUAAUUUUUCUGGGUACUAUCACUAGUACCAGUAUUAGUCAGUUGGCCCGAGAAGUCGCACAGUACCAUGUCUUACGAAAUAGUCGAUGCAGCAGUUCAGCGGAUAUCAUAGAGUCAGCAUAGAGCUGCUCAGCUGAUAUGCGAACGACUCCAGAGGCUAUAUAAGAUUUUAUACUUUUGAUAGUUGUUCGAAGUGCUCUAACCAUCGUUUUAGCUGAUCAGCUAAAGCUUUCAAAGGUAUAUUAUGUAGUACUCAUCUUUGCUCGGCGUCGCAAGAUAUCGUAUAGGAGGCGAACGUCCCGGUGGCAGCGGCUUUUUUGUACCUUGGUCAACGACGAAGUUAGCCCACGCUCGUUUGUCUCGCCUAAAUGAGCAUAUAACUUUUCUUUCUAGAGCCGAGUGUUGUUGGUUGACAAAAGCUUUGGUUCCUCUGGUUUUCGUCAGGUCUAUCGCUGCUUUGGUAUCUCUUCACUCCUCUAUUUGCCUCCAGGAUUCAUUAGUGAUCCACUGUUUUCACCGGGAGCUUAGCUAACCUAGCGCCGCUUUUCUCUUCAUACAAGCUUCUCAUUUGCUAUCGGGUUUAUGCAGUUAAUUUUUUGUUUCGACAGAAUGAACGUCCUGUGUAUCCAGGCGUUCUCAAAGUGUGACGGCGAGAAGAAUGACCUUGUAGAACAGGACUUUCUUAAAUUCGACGGGUAGGAUGAUUCAUUGAACGAUCUACUGUGAACGAAAGAACUGUUGUACUUUGAUCAAAUGAGCGUAUGUCGUUCGUUCUGUGCAAUCAACUGCACCUAAUGUAUAAAAAAUGAAUGAUAUUUAUUUCGCAUUUUCACACAAAGCCAAACUAGAUACCGUAAUUAGUUUUUGUUAUACUGUCUUUUUAAUUUUACAGUCAUUAACAUUGUUAUCAAAUCAUAAACUGCCUAUAAAAGAUCGACUACUGCUUACGAAACAUAGUAGAACAACUAGUUACCCGGUUUAAGCUCAGUUGGAGCAACUAUUUGUAGUCGAAUGAUGACACGCUACCUAGUUCCUUUGUGUGUUGUUACCAUCGCCGGUCUGUUGGGACAUAUUGGGAGCUUCAAGUUCGAUUGCAGAAAAAAACGUCAAUCCGACCCAUGUAAGAUUGACAACUGGAACCCGUCCGAGGAAGGGUAUUUCGUGUUAAAAUAUACACCGGAAAAUAGUUCUAGAGCUACACUACGAAACUUACAAGCAUCGACACUGGAUGGGCAAUUUUGCACCGAGUUGGGCAAUGUGUUUGAAUCAUUCACCAUUGAAAAUUCGCCCAUGUUAAAAACGGCAUCAUUCUACCAUGAUUGUAAUGUGAGUGGUGUUGAGUUAUUUAAGUCGUCAAUAUUUCGAGUUACUUUUGAACAAAACAGUUUUAUACGAGAUUUUAAAAUAAAAAACAGUCCAAUGCGCAGUAUUCCACCAACUUUGAGCAACUUACUCAAUGUGGGGAAAAUCCUUAUACGAAUGUGCAAAAUAGAAAGUGUUGAUUUAAACUCGUUCUGCCCAUUAAACAAUCUAGAAUUCUUAAAUUUAGGCCAAAACAAAAUUACUUACAUUCAAAGAUUGACCAACGCUUCAUGCAUGCCAAAUUUGUCAAUAAUUGAUUUGGAUUACAAUGAGCUUAAGAGGAUCAAUUUCGAGGUGUUUUGGCCUUUAGCGAAUUUGAAACAAUUCAAUUUUAGAAAUAAUAAGAUUGACACAAUUUCUGGAAAGCUGAUGAACCCAGAUGUACAUAAUUUAAUACUAUCCCACAAUCGCCUGAAGGUAUUAGAUUUCUGCAAUUGGCAAGGUACACAAGUAAUCAGUUUAAAUCUAAUGUCCAAUAAUCUAACUCGUGUUCCCCGUUGCCUGUACAAAAUAUUAUCAAAAAACACUAAGAUGAUUCCACUUAGGAUUAAUCAAAUAGAACGUUUCGAAGCAGAAGAUUUCGAACAAUUACCUAAUGUAGAAAUGAUCGAUAUGUCACACAACAAAAUUGUGUCAAUCCCUUUGAACGAGAGUUUAUAUCCUCCAAUGUUAGUAGCAUUGAAUUUGUAUGAAAAUCAAAUAGUAAGUGUACCGAAUGGAACAUUUGAGAGGAUCCGCGUACGAUUAGGGGAAACUCCUGCCCAGAUGAAGUCAAGUUACUACUUAAGAUCAAGACUCAAGAUUUAAACAAUUAUAGGGAAAGUGUGCAUUUGUAUGGUUUGGUCAUAAUAAAUGCGUAAUCUUAAUACUUAAAUAAGUAAUAUAAUCUUUUUAUUGUGAAAUCACUAACUGUAUCUGUUUUUCAUUAUAAAACAAUAAACUUUUCUAUUUCUUUUUU